AUGUCGGGUUCUUCAUCAUGCGGUUCCUGCGGCUUUGUGCGUAGCACAGCGCGAUACCUCUCGCAUCGCUUGGGACGCCUGUAUGACUCCUUCUAUAACUCCCAGAGCAGCACCAAGUUUGUGAUGUGCUUUGCCUUUCCCGCUGCAAUAUUCUCUGUUCGCUAUCGAACUGACACGAAACUGGCCUACCAUGUUUUCAUCGCAGAGCCAUCUUUGUAUCCAGAUCUUUCGCACAAGUGGGUCGGCAAGACCUGGGAAAACGGGCGAAAGUACUACCUGCCAGAUCACGCAACAGUGAAGGAUCUAAAGGAGCUGGUUUACUCUGAGCAGAAGCCGCUUGAGAUGAAGCAGAAAGAAUUAGAGGAGGCAGCGGAGGCGGCAAAGAAUACGGAUCUCAAAAACCCCGAGUACCAUGACCCCUCGCAGCUGCUUGCUGGUUGUCGGGGCCGUAUGUUCGAAGAUAGCGACAACCUGGCUCUGGCUGUUAAGGCUUUCUGUCGCAGAGAUCCCAAAAUCCUCAUCUGGAAGGACUGA